UUUUCUCACGUGCACUUCUGAAGACUCUCUCUCUCUCUCUUCCUACUUUCUUAGAUUCAUCUUUCUUUCCCUGUCAAGAUGCGUGAGAUACUUCAUGUGCAGGGCGGGCAGUGCGGCAACCAGAUCGGAGCCAAGUUCUGGGAGGUGGUGUGCACUAAGCACGACAUUGAUACCACCGGAAGGUAUCAAGGUGACACAGAUCUGCAACUUGAGCGGAUCAAUGUAUACUACAACGAGGCCAGUUGCGGGCGCUUUGUACCAAGGGCUGUUCUCAUGGAUCUUGAGCCCGGCACCAUGGAUAGCAUAAGGUCCGGCCCCUAUGGUCAGAUCUUUCGCCCUGACAACUUUGUGUUCGGUCAGUCCGGAGCAGGAAAUAACUGGGCUAAGGGACACUAUACGGAGGGAGCAGAACUCAUAGAUUCGGUUCUUGAUGUCGUCCGCAAGGAGGCUGAGAACUGUGACUGUCUGCAGGGAUUCCAGGUUUGUCACUCAUUAGGAGGAGGAACUGGGUCAGGCAUGGGAACCCUCCUGAUAUCUAAAAUCAGGGAGGAGUACCCUGAUAGAAUGAUGAUGACAUUCUCUGUUUUCCCUUCUCCAAAGGUUUCAGAUACAGUUGUGGAGCCAUACAAUGCGACUCUCUCAGUUCACCAACUCGUGGAAAACGCUGAUGAAUGCAUGGUCCUUGAUAAUGAGGCUCUUUAUGAUAUCUGUUUCAGAACCCUUAAACUUUCGACUCCUACCUUUGGGGACUUGAACCAUCUAAUAUCAGCGACAAUGUCGGGAGUAACAUGCUGCCUGAGAUUCCCUGGUCAGCUCAAUUCCGAUCUUCGGAAACUAGCUGUUAAUCUCAUCCCCUUCCCACGUCUGCACUUUUUCAUGGUUGGCUUUGCUCCCCUGACCUCCCGUGGCUCUCAGCAAUACCGUGCCCUCACAGUUCCGGAGCUCACCCAACAAAUGUGGGAUGCAAAGAACAUGAUGUGCGCUGCAGAUCCAAGGCAUGGGCGCUAUCUGACAGCUUCGGCCAUGUUCCGGGGCAAGAUGAGCACCAAGGAAGUGGAUGAACAAAUGAUGAAUGUGCAAAACAAGAACUCAUCCUAUUUUGUGGAGUGGAUUCCGAACAAUGUCAAGUCAACUGUUUGUGACAUCCCUCCAACCGGUUUGAAGAUGGCCUCCACUUUUAUCGGGAAUUCAACUUCGAUACAGGAGAUGUUCAGAAGGGUGAGUGAGCAGUUCACUGCAAUGUUCAGGAGGAAGGCUUUCCUGCAUUGGUACACAGGCGAAGGAAUGGAUGAGAUGGAAUUUACGGAGGCUGAGAGCAACAUGAAUGAUCUCGUGUCAGAGUACCAGCAGUAUCAGGACGCCACAGCUGAUGAAGAGGGAUAUUAUGAGGAGGAAGAGGAAGCUCAGGAAACGUGAAAGGUGGGAGCUUCUGCAACUUCCAGUUGCAAGCUCAGUUUGUAAUUGAGCAGAGUCCAAAUCUUAGUUGAAUGGGAAUUAUUAGUGUCAUAGUUAGUAGUUUGAUUUGGUUUUAUGCUUUUAUUUUGAAUUUUUUGAGAAUCAACUCGUUCGAUGCUUUGAAACACUGCAAUUUUUUGUUUGAUGUUCUGUUUAGUUAAUGUUCCACUGAAAA